AUGACUCCAGCCCAGGAAAAAUACUCUAGUUCAGAAAGAAGACCCCAGUCCAGGAAAAAGACUCCAGUGCAGGAAGAAGACUCCAGUCCAAAGAAGAAGACUCCAGUCCAGACUCCAGUCCAGGAAGAAGACUCCAGUCCAGAGAAGACUCCAGUCCAGGAAGAACACUCCAGUCCAGGAAAAAGACUCCAGUCCAGGAAGAAGACUCCAGUCCAGGAAGAAAACUCCAGUCCAGAAAGAAGACUCCAGUCAAGUCCAGAAAGAAGACCCCAGCCCAGGAAGAAAACUUCAGUCCAGAAAGAAGACUCCAGUCCAGAAAGAAGACCCCAGCCCAGGAAGAAGACUCCAGUCCAGGAUGAAGACUCUUGUUCAGAAUGAAGACUCUAGUCCAGAGAGAAGACUCCAGUCAAGGAAAAAGACUCCAGUGCAAAGAA